AUGACCAUCAAUUCCAACAGUUCCUCUAAAGAUUCUUUCACUACUAAAACAAAUGCUCCCCAACCCAUUGUCCAGUCGGCCACACCGACAGAGCAAAUACUACCCAAUGUUGACAAUAUUGUCCCCAAUUUUAGAUUGGAUGACUAUGUAACUGUAGUUACUGGUGGUUCUGGUGGGUUGGCACAUACUUUAUGCCAAGCUUUGUUGUUGCAAGGCUCAUCAUUGGCCUUGGUUGAUUUGGAUCUAUUGAAAUUAAAAGAUGUUCGUGAUAAACUAAAUUCGUUCAUUAAACAAAAUAAUAUCACUCCAAAAAAUAGCAACCCCGUUAAAAUUUCUAUCUGGGAAUGUGAUGUUUCCAAUAGCAACGAAGUCAAUGAAAUUGUUAGCAAAAUCACAUCUGAACAUGACGGUACAAUACCAUUCAAAUUGGUUCAUACUGCUGGGUUUUGUAAUAACAUUCCCGCUGAGCAAUAUGACCCAGUGAAAGCUGAGUAUCUGGUUAAAGUCAAUUUAAUGGGAUCAUUAUAUUUUGCACAGGCUUUGACCAAUUUACACUUGACUUCUCAAAACAUUCCCAAGAAUAGAAGAAGAUUGUCCAUUUCUACAAAAGUGGAUGAAACCAAGAAUAACAUAGAUGAUAAAGUUGUUGUUGACGCUUUAGCGUUGCCUAAUUUUAAAGGCAAGGUAUCCUUCGUUUUUAUUGGCAGCAUGAGUGGAUUGAUUGUAAAUACACCUCAGCCACAAGUGGCUUAUAAUAUGAGUAAAGCCGGUGUCAUUCAUAUGGUCAAAUCUUUAGCCUGUGAGUGGGCUAAGUACGGCAUUAGAAUUAACUGUAUUUCUCCAGGAUAUAUUGCAACCGAUUUAACAAAAAAAGUCAUAUCUCAGUCUGCUGAAGGUGCUGCUUUACAAAAGGAAUGGACUAGUAGAAUUCCUCUCGGUAGAAUGGCAGAACCCAAGGAAUUUGUUGGUGCUAUGUUGUAUUUAUUGAGUGAUAAUGCAAGUACUUAUACCACUGGUGAAAAUAUGAUUAUUGAUGGUGGUUACACAUGCUGGUAA